CCCAUUCGCUCAUUCUUUCCCCCCUCCGUUUUAUUUGGGGAUUCCUCGUUGCUGCCAAAUAACUGGGAGCUUGAUAGAUUCGUUUGAGAUCCCCUUGGGUACAAAGCAUGACACGGUGACUAUCAUCUGUCAUCUAGUGCCUCCUCCGUGUCUGUUGAUUGAAUACUGAUCCUCGGAUCAUCACAAGGUUGCAAGUGGGACAUUUGUGCUGUUUCUAUUAUUAUCUGUUCUCUAUAAAAUCUUCCUUUAACGUGUUAUACACAACCUUCGAACCCCUGUCAUUACUCCGUCCGAAACUUCAAUAUGGCCGAAUCCUCGACUCAGGUUUACCCCGCUUCCUUAAACACACUGUUUGACGAGACCUCCCCAUUGAAGGAUCAGUACGAUGCUAUCCGUCUAGAAGAUGUAGAGAUACUUCCUCUUCUACAAUUGCCGCUUGCCCAGGAAGUUUUUGGACAUAACGUCACCAAUGAGAGCUCGUUGGGUCGCGUGGCGCGUGGGGAGAUCUCCUAUACCAAGUUUGUGGUUGAGAAGACCCAGGCACUGGUCUCCCAAACACCCUUGUAUGGACUGAGUUCUGCACAGCAGAAGUCUCAGUUAUAUCAUAUUGGUCUUGCGGCUCUCUUUGCAUUUCUUCAGUCGAAUGUAACUGGUCCUCCGUUGGAAUUCAAGCCAGCAGAUGUGAUUAUCCCGUCCCUGUUACGUUCGAGCACUGCUGCGCUCGGUGCUAUUCGUGACCAAAUAAUUCGAGAUUUGUCUGUGGAUGGAGAGGCCGCCUACAAGCUGACCCCCAAUGUGGAGCUUUUCGCUGUUGCAAAGGCUAUUUUAGCUGACACUGAUGCAGUGGUUGAAGGUGGCCCAUUAGCAGCGAAGACCACUAGGAUGCGCAUUAACUUCCUCCAUCAGAAGAUGUUAUCUGAAGUUACUAGCACAUUGCAAGAUAUCAUUUACAAUGACUUAGAAGAAGUUAGCAAGGCCCUGCUUGGGGACAAGCCGUCCGGCUUGGAGAAGGGAAAGUUCCUUCUUGAGCGAGCUACCAUCCACAUUCAACAUGGUUUCGAUGCCAAAGCCAGAGCUGACCUUGAAUUGGCCGCUUCUGAACGGAAGUUCGAAUUUGCUCUUACUGGUAGACUGGGAAAGAGGACAAAGUUUCAGGAUCGUGACAUCAGUCAGCUUGUCAUUCUAGCCAAGAGCACCGAGGAUGGGGCAAAUACUAAUGGGUCAGUGAGUUUAGAGAACGCCCAGGUCUCUGCUGCACCUAAGAAACUGGAUCUGAAUGACGACACGCUCCUGGAGGCUAUUUCAUUCACUAAAGAGGAAGAAGACCAGUCCCAAGGAAAGGCAGUUACUGUCCAAGACGAGUCUUCCCUGUCACCUGCCUUGGCCUGUCUUGAUCCAGGGAAUCAGCCUUUGCUUGACCCCGUUGACUCUGCAAUCCUCUUAGCAUUGGCGGCAGCGAUUACGAACACUGCACCGGAAAACGGACUCACCCGUGAGGAAACUCAUCCUUAUGCUACGCGAGUCCUCGACGGAGGGAGUUCAAACUGGCAGAUCUAUACUCAGGGUCUGUUGCUACGAAGUCGGAUUGAAGGCUACAGAUCUAGGACUGUGGAACGAUCUGUCCUGCAGAUGCAAGCCCUCGUGGACCAGGUUCUAGCGGAUACAGCUACUUCAGAUACACAAGCAACCGAUAAUGUCCAAGAACCUUCUACUUUCCUUCCACGACCUGAGAAAUCCGAGUCCGCGUCAGCGGCAGAUAGACUUGAUUACAUCUGGCUCUUGAGUUUCUCCACACGUUGGGAUCUCGAGAAGGAGCUGGCGACCCGAUGGGUCAAUCUUGGUGGUCUGAGAACUGCUCUCGAAAUUUACGAACGGCUGCAAAUGUGGGCUGAGGCUGCUCUCUGCUACGCUGCUACUGAGAGAGAAGAUAAAGCCAAGGCAAUGGUUCGGCGACAGCUCUACAAGCCCGCAGGCAGUGACCCCGAUGACGAAAAUGAAAAGUUUGAUGGUCCAGAGCUCUCUCCACUCCCCGCAGAUGCUCCCCGCCUGUUCUGCAUCCUGGGUGACAUCAAAGCUGAUCCAUCUAUGUAUGAACGCGCCUGGGAGGUCUCCAACCAACGAUAUGCCCGAGCUCAACGCUCUUUGGCCCGCCAUUACCUCACCCUGAAGCCUCCUGCCCUGGAAAAGGCUGCGGAUGCCUACCAGAAGAGUCUCCAAAUCAACCGCCUCAACCACAGCGCCUGGUUUGCCCUUGGCUGCGUCCAGCUUGAGCUCCAGCGAUGGGACGAAGCCAUGGACUCCUUCACACGAACCGUCCAGCUCGAAGACACCGACGCAGAAGCAUGGAGCAACCUUGCAGCCGCUAUGCUCCAGACUGCUACACCCUCCGACUCCACCGUCGAGGAGAAGACAGCACAACAGCCAGAGGAAGACGAGAAAGCUGGCUCGGAGUCCCCCAAGAUCCCCGAAGACCCGCACAAGCGCAAACGCGAAGCAAUCGCUGCUCUUCACCGCGCCGCGCAGCUCAAGCACACCGAUGCCCGAAUCUGGGAUAACCUUCUCACCGUCGCAGCCUCGAUCCCCCCACCCACAACACCCUUCCGGGACAUCAUCACAGCGCAAAGCAGAGUGAUUGAGCUCGUGGGACCCAAAAAGGGAGAGAAGGCCAUCGAUCUACCUAUCUUGGGUAUGCUCGUUGACCACCUCGUCACUGCGUAUGACUACGAAGCCCUCCUCAUCACAGUGAACUCGGACGGCCCGUCUGGUGCGAAACCGGAACGCGUUGUUCGAAGUGGUACUAUUCCCGGCCAGAUACUUUCGCUCAUUGACACCUCCAUUGUGCCAUUGAUCACGCACUCCGCGGCGCUUUGGCUGCUUGUCGCCCGGGUAGAGCUCUUCCGGGAAAAGCCCUCUAAGGCUCUCGAGGCGCAUGAGAAGGCCUGGCGUGCUACCGUUGCGUCCUCAACGCAGGGGGCAUUCCAGAUGGGUGAUGAGAAGAAAUGGAUGGAGAUUGUGAGCGCAACGGAGCGAUUAGUGCGUAAAGGGUAUGCGAAGUACGGGCCUAUGAAUAAAGAAGGUCAAAAUGAGAGAGCUGAGGGCGAACCCGAGCUCGUUGCUAAGGAUUGGAGGUUCAAAGCUAGAAGCGCGGUUAGAGGAAUUAUGGGCAAGGGAAAGGAAUUUUGGGAGGAUUCAGAUGGGUGGGAUCGUCUCAAGGAGCUGCAGAGUGAGGUUGGAAGUAAAUAGGAGCUUGGCUUGGGCAUUUUGUACGCACAUGUCAUGCCAUCCCCAUAUGUGAAUGAUUUUGAUGCUUCUUGUUAUCUUUUUAUUUUAUGAAAAGCCUUGGUUUGAUGUAAAUAGAAUACAGUCAAUU